AUGAACCCACAGUUGCAAUCAAUUAACAUACAAGGUUCUGUGGCAACAAUGCAGCAGAACAAUAUGACAAGAUUGGAGCAAAAUCCUGUGUCUUCUUUAUCGGGGUUUUCAACAGCACAGCAGAACAUGAUGACUUCAUUGCAGCUUAGUUCCAACAUGGAUUCAGGGCAAGGAAAUGCACUGAACUCAUUGCAGCAGGUUCCUGUGGGCAGCAACCAACAAACUCCUGUCAGUGCUCCCCAACAAGAGAAUAUGAAUGCCUUGUCAUCACAGAGUGGGGUUAAUAUGCUACAGGCAAACAUGAAUUCCAUUCAGUCAAAUUCUGGUAUGCUUCAACACCAGCAUAUAAAACGACAGCAGGAGCACCAAAUCAAUUAUGUAAAUGAGUUAAAGAUGAGACGAGCUGCAGGCCAGCGUGCUUUUUCCCAUCAGCAAUUGAAAUCAGGAUCUCCAUUUCCUAUUUCAUCAACAACACAAUUCCUUCAGGCUGCAUCCCCUAAAAUUUCGCAACAUUCUUCACCCCAAAAUGACCAGCAGAAUCUACUGGCUCACACAAAAGCUGGAACCUCUAGCUCCCCAUAUGUCAUCCCAUCUCCUUCAACUCCGAUGGCUCCAUCCUCUAUGCCAGGGGAUUCUGAGAAACCCUCCUCACUCGCAAAUGCUGGGAAGAUUGGGCAUCUACAAGCAACUGGUGUCGGAUCACAGAUCCAGUCCCUUGCCAUUGGCACCCCUGGGAUAUCAGCCUCUCCUUUGCUUGCUGAAUAUAGUGUACCAGACGGUACUCAUGUUAAUGCUUUGUCAACUAUUUCUGGCAAGUCAAAUGUUACAGAGCAGCCUCUUGAACGGUUGAUUAAAGCGGUGAAAUCGAUGUCUUCAAAUGCAUUGAGUGCCUCAGUCAGUGACAUUGGCUUAGUAGUGAGUAUGAGUAGGAUAGCAGCGUCAGCACCAGGCAAGGGAUCUAGAGAUGCAGUUGGUGAGGAUUUGAUUACCAUGACAAAGUGUUGUCGGCAAGGAGGGAAUGUUUUGACUCGUGAUGGAACAAAUGGGUCUAGGAAAAUAAGACGCUUCGCUAGUGCCGUGCCCUUAAAUGUUGUGCCAUCAGCUGGCAAUGAUAGUUUCAGGCAGUUGGCCAGUUCAGAGACAUCUGACCUGGAGUCAACUGCAACAUCUCGUAUCAAGAGGCCUAGGAUUGAGGCUAAUCAGGCUCUUUUGGAAGAAAUAAGAGAAAUAAGGCAGCGGUUGAUCAACACAGUUAUUGAUAUCAGUGAUGAAGAUGAUGACCCUAGUGCACCUGCUGCUGAUGGGGGUAAAGGAACCAUUUUCAAGUGCUUUUUUGAUGCUGUGGCUUUCAGUCCGGACUUGAAAUCGCAGUAUGCUUCAGCACAGAUGUCACCAAUUCAGCCAUUAAGACUGCUUGUUCCCAGCAAUUAUCCCAACUGCUCUCCAAUACUCUUGGACAAGUUUCCAGUUGAAGUCAGUGAGGAGUAUGAAGAUCUUUCUGUGAAAGCAAAGUCAAAGUUUAGCAUAUCUCUACGAAGUAUUUCAGAACCCAUGUCCCUUGGGGAGAUAGCAAGGACCUGGGAUGUUUGUGCAUGUGCAGUUAUUUCCGAGCAUGCACAGCAGAGUGGUGGAGGCAGUUUUAGCUCAAGGUAUGGGACAUGGGAGAACUGCUUGAGUGCUGCUUGA